GGGGCAAAGGGGGAUGGGAGGGGACCAGUCUUCCCAGUUGCAAGAGAGAGCGUCCAUAGUUUCAGUUCAAAGCAACUGGUGGCAACAGAUUAGCAUUUAAGAUGGCAGGGACCGCACGCCACGACCGAGAGAUGGCCAUCCAGGCCAAGAAGAAGCUCACCGUGGCCACUGACCCCAUCGAGAGGCUUCGCCUGCAGUGCCUGGCCAGGGGCUCAGCGGGCAUCAAAGGGCUUGGCAGAGCGUUUCGAAUUAUGGAUGACAAUAACAACCGUACCCUUGAUUUCAAAGAAUUUGUGAAAGGCUUAAAUGAUUAUGCUGUGGUCAUGGAAAAGGAGGAGGCAGAAGAGCUUUUCCAGAGGUUCGAUAAAGAUGGAAACGGAACAAUAGACUUCAAUGAGUUUCUUCUCACAUUAAGACCUCCAAUGUCCAGAGCCAGAAAAGAGGUGAUUAUGCAAGCUUUUAGAAAGCUAGACAAGACUGGAGAUGGUGUGAUAACAAUUGAAGACCUUCGAGAGGUGUACAAUGCAAAACACCAUCCAAAGUACCAGAAUGGUGAAUGGACGGAGGAGCAAGUGUUCCGGAAAUUUCUGGAUAACUUUGACUCACCCUAUGACAAAGAUGGAGUGGUGACCCCUGAGGAGUUCAUGAACUACUAUGCUGGGGUGAGCGCGUCCAUUGACACUGAUGUGUAUUUCAUCGUCAUGAUGCGAACCGCCUGGAAGCUCUGAAUGUUUCGAAAGAAGACUUUUUGAACUAUUAUGCUGGUGUUAGUGCUUCUAUUGACACCGAUGCCUAUUUCAUUUUAAUGAUGAGAGAAUCCUGGAGAUUAUGACUUUUGUCUAUUAAUUCUUUUGCAAAUCAGGGACUUUCAGAGAAUGGAAUGAGUUUGAAAGAAGUCCAAUGCUGUAGAUUUUGAUAAACUGAAGUUUCUGGGAGAUCUGGAAGUUUAAAAGCAAUAGAUCUUCAGUCAUCUUAUUUCUUUACCUGGAACAUGUUCAUUUCCUUAAAUGCCUGAGGAUAUAUUUUCAAAUCAGAAAUAAAGGAAAGAAAGAAGGAAGAAAGAAAACUGCGAAGUGAGACAGAGAGGAGUUUCAUAGUGAAAUAAUGCCCUUGUUAUAGUUGUGCCUCUUCUAGAUGUAAAUGUAGUUGCUUGUCUACACCUUCACUUUAUCUGCCAUCUUUGGAGUCUGUAGUAGGAGGUGAUAAUAAAAGAAUUGGAGGAAUAUC